UAUCUUAGGGUUUAAAUAGUAUGCCCCCCUCUCUGUGUGCCAGAGCAGGGUCUCUCAAUCUUCUUUGCCAAGAAAUAAUUUCCCUAUCUUCUAUGUCUCGUUUCUUGAUAUCUUCGGCUGAUUCUGCAACUGGGUUUUUUCCACAAUUCCGCAGAAAUGCUUCCAUUCAAAUCAAUCAAGAACAAAAUGUCCAAGUUUUCUUGCUAGCUCAUUUCACAAACAAUUCUCUCUCCUGACUAAUGGGAUGCACCAAAAUAGCUCUAACAAGCAAGCCCAGUUCAAGAAUUGCCAAACUAUGCCAUCCAAAGUUGUCUCUCUGGUCAUCCCCAACCAACCGACCUGGUUUACUCUUCUUCUAAUUUAGUGGCAAACUACUUGUGUUCAAUCCUUUGUGAGAGUUCUCUGAAAGAUGGAAUUUUCGAAUUCUUUCAAUGGGUUUUCUGGGACUUAUGGAUUUGAAGGUAUAAUAAGAGGUGGGUCAUCGUCGUCUUCAUCGUUGGUUUUGGAUGGUGAGAAAGGAGAGCUUGUGAGGGCUCUGGUGAAACCAGGGCAAAAAGAGGUCAAAGCAGAGAAAGUGUUGGCGGCUUUGAGGAACCACAGUGAUGCUGAGAGGAGACGGAGAGAGAGGAUUAAUGGUCAUUUGGCUAAGCUUCGGAGCCUAAUUCCUGGCACUAAUAAGAUGGACAAAGCAGCAUUGCUUGCUGAAGUUAUCAAUCACCUGAAGGUACUCAGAAAGAAUGCAGCAGAAGAUGCUAAAGGUAUCCUCAUACCAACGGACAUCGAUGAAGUAAGAGUUGAACAACAAGCAGAUGGAGCUUCUUAUUCUAUCAAGGCAUCCUUAUGUUGUGAUUAUAAACAUGAGAUUCUUUCUGACUUAAAACAAGCUCUUGAAAACCUUCAUCUGAAAACAGUGAAGGCAGAAAUUGCAACUUUGGGAGGUAGAAUGGUGAAUGCUUUUGUAAUAACUGGCAGCAAAGAAGAAAACAUCAAAGACGCUGAAGGAUGCCAGCUUCUUGCAAGCUCAGUUCAUCAGGCUCUAAAGUCUGUACUUGAUAAAUUUUAUGCAUCACAGGAGUUCUCUUCAAGGAAUACACUUUCAAACAAGAGGCGUAGAGUUUCUUUUUUUAAUUCUUUGAGCUCAUCUUCAUUAGAAGAUUUCUGGUGAGAAAGGUGAUUCUAAUGAUAGAUUACAUGUUUCUUUAUUUAGUUUUUCUAUGCUCAUAUGCUUUGGUGUACAAAGUUGAUAGAUGGAUCAAUGGCAUAUAUGUUUUCUGCUUUAUCAACAGAAGAAUAUGAAUGCUUGUAUCAUAUGCCUGCUUUUGUUUAUGGUUUAAUGUGUUUCAGUCGCAGAAAUAUGUAUUACCUAUAGUGUAGAAAUUCUGUACUAAUGUAAUUUUAAGAUUGAAAGUUCCUUCGGUCCUCUG